AUGAUCGCCGUACCGAUGGACGGCUUCCACUAUCCCAAGUCCCAUCUUGCAGCUUUGGAUGACCCUGCUGAAGCUUUUGCACGUCGAGGUGMACCGUUUACCUUCGAUGCUCACGGAUUUGUCGAAGCUGUUGCGAAGCUCAAAGCUUCAUUCGCAAAUGCCCGUGCUGAAGUCUCAUUCCCUGGUUUUGAUCAUGCCCUUCAAGAUCCAGUAGAGAACCAAAUCGUCGUGGCGGCGACGACCAAAGUCGUUCUUCUUGAAGGUAACUAUGUACUUCUCGACGAGAAGCCAUGGGACGAAGUUGCGAAGAUGGUCGACGAUAGAUGGUAUAUCGAKGUAGCCAGAGAAGUUGCCAAGGCGAGGCUGGUGGAACGACAUAUGCGUGCAGGAAUUGAGACGUGCCCUCUUGCAGCGGCUGCCAGGGCAGAGGAGAACGACUUGCAAAACGCGGACCAUAUUGCUCGUCGAUUGAUAACACCAGAUAUCGUUAUUCAAAGCUUCUAG